UAACCCCUAAGCCGACAGCUAACUCGGUGGCCGUAGAAGGGUUGAAAAAACGUUGCGAUCCGUCGAAAGUGUCAUCAUUUACCGUUCCGAUUCAAAUUGAUAGAUAUGCGUGUCUGUUUUAAAAUGCGUUCGCAUGAGAAAGUGUGGUAGGGGAGGAGGCCAUAUGUCCAGCAUGCGUCGAUUCCCGCGCGUUGCAUGUUGGUACCGAAUUGUAUAGAUCCGCCAUGAUGCCUAAUCGAGUACAGGCUUCUUUUUCACGUUUCAAAGUGAAUAUUUCGUUUUUGUGACUGUGCACGAGAAAAUAUAAAGAUGGGAACGAGAUAAAGAGUGUUUUUGUUCGAGUUCGGACAGGGUUUCGACCCUCUGUCGCCCUGAAAAGGGACUGAACGGAGGCUUUUCAGUGUUGUGCCAAUGUGCUCUUAGGUUGUCAACAAAAAUGAGCAAGCUCUCCAUCAGGGCCAGGCAGCUCGAUGCGACCAAGCCCCUGCCAAUUUAUCGGUCGGAGGAGCUCCCGGAUUUGCCAGAAUAUUCGGCAAUCAAUAGAGCGGUCGCUCAAAUGCCGAGUGGAAUGAAAAAAACAGAAGAAUGUGAACAUCACUUACAGAGGGCAAUUGUUACUGGUCUGAUCAUUCCUACUCCUGAGGUUGAAUGUAUGGAAGAUAUGGCGACUUAUGAUAGACUUUAUCCAGCUAAUUAUAAGCCGCCAUGGCAACUCAUCCACAUGCAAUCCUUUUCUAUGGAGGAGGAAGUUCCAGAUUAUGACAUAGAUUCAGAAGAUGAAAAAUGGCUCUCUAUGCAAAAAUUGGAUAUCACACCACUCAAAUUUGAAGAGAUGAUGGACAGGCUGGAAAAGAACUGCGCUCAAAAUUUUGCAUCUCAAAACCGUAAAGAGCUUCUUCUGAAAGAUGAUGAUGAACUCUCAAUUGCAAUUUUUGAUUAUUGGCUCAGCAAGAGGCUUAGCUCUCAGCCCCAUCCUCUUGUGCCAUGUAUUAAGACUGAAGUCAACAACCGAGGCACUGGGGGUAACACCAAUUACGACGAUAAUCCAUAUUUAGCGUUCAGGAGAAGAACAGACAAAAUGCAGACUAGGAAGAACCGCAAAAGUGAUGAAACUUCAUAUGAGAAGAUGGUCAAGUUGAGAAGGGAUCUAAGCCGAGCUUUACAAUUGUUGGAAAUGGUUAAAAGAAGAGAGACUGCAAAGAAGGAAUUAGUCGACUUAACUGUCCAACUUUAUGAAAAGAGGUACCAUGCAAAUGAUUUGAGUGGAGCACUUCUAGCCGAAGUAUCAACAUUUAAAUCAGUUCGUCCUGCAUUUGCUCCAAUCUAUACAAACCAGUAUACACCCAAUCAUAGUCAUUGGACUAUGAAACCUCCAAAGGAUGAAGUGGGGAAUAAUAGAAAAGAAAAGAGGCAAUAUAAGAAAAGGAAACAUAAAACAAUAGGGUUAAAUAUUGGUGAACGUCCUGGUUCACUUUCCAACUCUGGGGGAGCAGGAAGUGUAGUUUCUGGAAGUUUAUCGUCCGGUGAUGAUGAACCGACUCCUGGUGUCGGAGUAACUUCGCCACCGCAAUCUCCCCAAGUUGCUUUUCCUUUCCAUAGAAAUAAAAACUGCACUUACCAAGCCCCAUUGAGCGGAGGAGGUAUUGGGAAUUGGAGCUGGUCUUCUCCUGAAGAAGGAGGUUCUGGUGAAGAAAGGUAUAGGUUUAGCCUCGCAUCUGUAACACAACCCAAACCUACCUGUGUUGGCCUAGUCCGCCGGCGGAUAGGCAGAGGUGGAAGGGUAAUUUUGGAUCGUGCUGGACCAUCAAUGGAUGACUUUUGGUCAUCGCUUGAUUUCACGAUACUCGAUAAUGCCAAAUCUCAUUCAGAUGGAGUACAACUACAAAAUCCUCCACCCUUCCAGUACAGCAGACAUUUUCGUCCAAAGACGCCUCCAUCUAUUAAGUCGGAGCCUGAUGUUGACAGUGACUGCUCACUGGACAGUAACGGUCUCCUGCAGGGUUCAACACUCUGUGUUCAGGUUGAAAGUUUAACAGAUUGUGACAGUACAGCUGUUGAAUUGGAUCUUGGAGAACUCUUUCCUGAUCUCGAGCUGGAUGCUUUGAGGUGUGAACUUGGAGGGAAACGGCCGAGGAAAGGUGGAGGAAAUACUUCAGUUUCAUCAACUGAAUUAACGACUAGUGGGUUGGACUCUGCCAGCGGGGAACUUGGGGUCAGCCCUGACCCUCUGAGAAGUGGUAGCUCUGAGUUUGUCGUCACUGAUGACAGGUGGCGAGGGGGUGGUGAUUCAAGUCCUCCCUUGUCUUCUUCACUCACGAACCACAAGUUGCCCCCACCACCAUCAGAGAGUGUCCUCCAAUGUGACAGAAUACCACCUUUUAUGGCUAAUGGGCCCAUUAACCACACUGACUGUGGUGGUUGGGGGCAGCAACAGUCAAGUGGAAGUCAACAAUCUUACAAGUGGAGUAGUAGCAGCGGAAAUAGUCUUGUUCCCGUGACCUCUAGUAGUCAGGCAACAAACAGCUUAAACGCAAAAUUGGCUGCCAGAACAAAUUCCUCACAAUUAAAUAAUGACCCUGGAGGCAGUGGUGAUAUGCAUAAGCGACCGACUGGCAGUUCAGGGCAAGCAGCGAUUGUACAUAAUACACCGAUGGAAGUCACCUGACCAACAAGAAGCAAAGAUUUCACUGUAAACUUCAAUUGUUUGAAAAAGCUGCUGUUUUCACUCCACCGACCUUUCACUGACAUGAUCUUGCAUCUGUCUGUUUCCUAUCUAUAUAUAUCUCGUUAUUGCGCAUACACAAAAAAUUAGUAGCCUGUGAUUCUGAAUAUAUAAUUGUACGACUAUUGUAGGGAAAUUGUGUAAACGAUUUUUUUUUUUUUUUUUAAUGAUUACAGUAUGUGUGAUAUGAGUGAGUUCUGUAUAUCCUUUGAAUGUAUGUAAGUUUAUUAAUUAUCAUGUUUAUUCAUUUUGUCUUCAAUUUAAUGAAUCACAUUCCUUGUGCGUCGUAAGGAAACAAAACUGUAUAAAAAAAUAUGUAUGUGUAAAAAUAUAAUAUGUGUAUAUUAUACUAAGAGAAGGUGUGUUCUCACCAAUAUAGUCAUGGUUGUAUAUAAGCUAUCAUUUGCUUGGAAUUGGAGAAAUUGGUUCAAAUUUUUAACUACACAAUAUUAUCAAACAUUUAUGGAAUUUUUUGUUUUAUAUAAAAACACUACAGGUAUGUGCGUGCCAAAUAUACUCAUAGAAAUUUCCUUCUUAUUUUUAUUAAUGGUGUUAUUACAUGUUAAGUAGUUUAACGUUUAUAUUUAACGUUUGCUGUACUUUUUUAAAAAUGACAGUUUAAUUUUACAUUUCUUUUCGUAUUUUUGUAUGUCUUAAGUUGGAUUUUAAGUAUCUGAUAGACUUGUAUGACCGACCUAAAUGCCUAAGAACUUAUUUUUAUUUUUAUUGUAAAUUUGAUGUAAAUAAUUUUGUUCCCAAAUGUUCAUUAAUAAGUUGAAGAAAGAAAAAUAAACGCUUACCUAGGAAUGGAAACCGUCUCCAUAUAUAGCUAUGAAUUUUUUGUAAAAAUGAUAUUUAGAUGUGUAAUGAAAUUGUAUGUGCAUAUAAACCGAUAAAGGGAAAAGUACUUUGUAAAUAUUAAUUUCCCUUCAUUAGAGGUCUGUGCGCUCAUUGAAGUUUCACAAUUAUUUUCAAAUUCUGUUUUUAUUUUUUCUAAAUUUGUCUCCUUUAUUAAAUAUCAUUUAGCUUUGAAAUAUUGUGAAACUCUUUGAAAGCAAACAAAAUUGAAACGCUUAUUCAAAUUUAAUUAACAAUGGAACAUUUAAAAAAAAAUAAAAACCAAUAAAAAUUGUCCGUAAUAUUAAUGUCUUAAUAAUAAGCAUGUUACGGGUGUUGAAUUUCAAGUUUUUCUGACACUUAAGGUUUUUGCUUUUUGUGAAACAAACAUAAGCAAAAGCAGAAAAUGUAAUGAAAGUAAACGUGAUAUUAAAAAUGUCAUAAAAUGUAAAUAAUUAAAAGGGUAACAUUUUAUUAGUAAAUAUUUCGUAAAUGUUGUAAAUAGUCAUUGUCACUUUCAUUGGAAGUAUCUUCAUAGAGAUUAUUUCAGUGAAAUAUACAAAAAUGAUAACUGCAUUUUUGUUCUGUUAAUUUUCAAAGCAACCCGAAUGUUUGUGUAACACGACUUGCACUACAUGUACGACAUACGAAUUCUCUUUCUUGAGAUUGUCUUUCAACAUCAUUCUAGAGUAGUUUCAUUUGAUAAGUACUGAGAAUCUUCAACCCAUGAACAUCCGUCGUACACAUCUUGUUGACUUAUAAUGAUAAUUUCUAGGCCAGUACACGUACACAACUU